UCAACUGCCCUGAGGCCUAAGCUAUACACACUCAGAGCGCGCGAGCGAGAGAGUUUGAGGAUCCGAAAUUGCAGGAGCUCAUGGAGCAAUGUUGUCGCUUCCACAUUUCUCUCAUCGGGAAGACAAAGUCGAAAGAGGAAAUUCACAGAAAACCCAAAAAAAGAAAGAAACACAGGAAAAAAAAAAAAAGAGUCGAUCUCCACUAGCCACUCUCUUAGGAACCAAACAGAACCGAGAAGGCUUCACUCAUUCGAUCAUGGAAGUAGCUCCAAUGCCGGAGGAUGGAUAGCUUGAUGAAUAGCAAUCGGAGCAAGGAAGAUAACCUUUAAGGAGCUGUUCAUUUGAGUUAACGCUCGAUCAAAAAAUGGGAACUUCAGUAAAUAUAAUUGUAGGCUCUCAUGUCUGGAUUGAAGACCCAGAUAUUGCUUGGCUUGAUGGUGAAGUGAACAAAAUUAGUGGUAAUGAAGCAGAAAUCCAGACAAGUGAUGGAAAAACGGUUGUCAGAAAGUUAUCAAAUGUUUAUCCUAAAGACACAGAAGUUCCUCAUGGAGGUGUGGAUGACAUGACCAAGCUACAUUAUUUGCAUGAGCCUGGAGUUCUGCAAAACUUGAAAGUCAGACAUGAGUUAAAUGAAAUCUAUACUUACACUGGAAAUAUUUUAAUUGCCAUAAACCCAUUCCAAAAGUUGCCUCAUCUCUAUGAUACACACAUGAUGCACCAGUACAAGGGAGCACCAUUUGGUGAACUAAGCCCUCAUGUCUUUGCUGUUGCUGAUGUUGCUUACAGGGAAAUGGUUAAUGAAGGAAAAAGCAAUUCCAUUCUGGUCAGUGGCGAAAGUGGAGCAGGUAAAACUGAAACAACUAAAAUGCUUAUGCGGUAUCUUGCCUUUCUGGGCGGCCGUGCUGUUACUGAAGGACGCACAGUUGAGCAACAAGUUCUCGAAUCCAAUCCAGUUCUUGAAGCAUUUGGCAAUGCUAAGACUGUUAGAAAUAACAAUUCCAGCCGUUUUGGUAAAUUUGUGGAGCUUCAGUUUGACAAACAUGGAAGAAUAUCAGGAGCAGCUAUAAGAACCUACCUCCUUGAGAGAUCCCGAGUUUGUCAAAUUUCUGAUCCUGAACGCAAUUAUCACUGCUUUUACCUUCUUUGUGCAGCACCACAGGAGGAUAUUGAGAAGUUUAAAUUGGGACAUCCCAAUACAUUUCACUACCUUAACCAGUCAAAGUGCCAUGAGUUAGUAGGGGUUAGUGAUGAUGCACAUGACUAUCUUGCCACUAGAAGAGCUAUGGAUAUUGUUGGAAUCCAUAAAGAAGAUCAGGAUGCAAUUUUCAGAGUUGUUGCUGCAGUCCUUCAUAUUGGUAAUAUUGCUUUUGCCAAGGGAAAGGACAUGGAUUCAUCAGUUUUAAAGGAUGACAAAGCCAAAUUCCACCUCAAAACUGCUGCAGAACUUCUCAUGUGUAACCCUGUGGCUCUAGAAGAUGCUUUGUGUAAACGUGUGAUGGUAACCCCUGAAGAAGUUAUAAAACGUAGUCUUGAUCCACAUAGUGCAGCACUGAGCAGGGAUGCACUGGCUAAGACAAUAUAUUCGAGGUUAUUUGACUGGUUAGUAGACAAGAUCAAUGUUUCAAUUGGGCAAGAUGUGAAUUCGAAGUGUAUCAUUGGAGUCCUUGACAUCUAUGGUUUUGAAAGCUUUAAAGUCAACAGCUUUGAGCAAUUUUGCAUAAACUUUACAAAUGAGAAGCUGCAGCAACACUUUAAUCAGCAUGUCUUCAAGAUGGAACAAGAAGAAUACAAAAAGGAGGCCAUUGAUUGGAGCUACAUUGAAUUUGUUGAUAAUCAGGAUGUUCUAGAUCUUAUUGAAAAGAAACCAGGUGGUGUUGUUGCUUUGCUUGAUGAAGCUUGUAUGUUCCCAAAGUCGACGCAUGAGACAUUUUCAAACAAACUGUAUCAGACUUUCAAGAAUCAUAAGCGUUUUAUAAAGCCAAAACUGUCUCGCACAGACUUCAUUGUAUCACAUUAUGCAGGGGAAGUGCUAUACCAAUCAGACCAAUUUUUAGACAAGAACAAAGACUAUGUGGUUCCUGAGCACCAAGACCUCCUAAGUGCUUCCAAUUGCUCUUUUGUGAAGGGCCUUUUCCCUCCCCUACCUGAAGAGUCCAAGUCUAAUAAAUCUUCAAAAUUCUCGUCGAUUGGUUCACGUUUCAAGUUACAACUACAAUCAUUGAUGGACACGCUGAAUGCUACAGAGCCCCACUACAUCCGUUGUAUUAAGCCUAAUAAUCUUCUUAAACCUGGCAUAUUUGAAAAUCAAAACAUUUUGCAACAACUGCGUUGUGGUGGUGUUUUGGAGGCAAUUAGAAUAAGCUGUGCUGGAUUCCCUACUCGCCGUCCUUUCUUUGAGUUCAUAAAUAGAUUUGGGCUCCUUGCACCAGAGGGUUUGGUAGGGAACUAUGAUGAAAAGGUUGCUUGUAGGAAUGUUUUGGAAAAGUGGGGACUCAAAGGGUUCCAGAUAGGCAAAACAAAAGUAUUCCUUAGAGCAGGGCAGAUGGCUGAGUUGGAUGCACGAAGAGCAGAGGUCCUUAAUAGUGCAGCAAAAGUUAUACAAGGACGAAUAAGAACUCAUAAUGCUCGUAAAUUAUUUUUGGCUAUUAGAAAGGCUGCAGUUUCUAUGCAAGCAUUGUGCCGAGGUAGAGUAGCUGGCAAACUUUUUGAGAAACUGAAGAAGGAGGCAGCUGCAUUGAGAAUUCAAGCUCAUACACGUCGACACCAAGCGAGGAAGUCCUAUGUCAGACUACGGAACUCAGUGCUUGUGGUGCAGACAGGUUUGCGUUCAAUGGAUGCCCAUAAAAGACUUAGAUUUAGGAAACAAACUAAAGCAGCAACUCUAAUUCAGGCACAGUGGCGUUGUCAUAAAACUUUUAGGCUUUAUAAGAGGCUUAAAAGAGCAACUAUACUUGCACAGUGCAGAUGGAGGGGAAAAGUUGCCAGAAGAGAGUUAAGAAAGCUAAAAAUGGCUGCAAGGGACACAGGUGCACUCCAAGAGGCAAAAAACAAACUGGAAAAGGAAUUGGAGGAACUUACUUGGCGAUUGCAACUAGAAAAACGUUUAAGGACUGACCUGGAAGAAGCAAAAACACAAGAGAUAGCAAAGUUGCAGGAAUCUCUGGAAGCUAUGCAAAAGAAAGUUGAUGAGGCAAAAGCUUUAGCUGUCAAGGAACAAGAAGCUGCAAAGAAAGCUAUUGAUGAAGCACCUCCAGUUGUCCAGGAAACCCCAGUCUAUGUUGAAGAUACUGAAAAAUUAGAAUCUUUAACAGAAGAAGUUAAAAGUUUACAGGCUUCUUUAGAGCAUGAAAAGCAGGAUUCUGAUGACUUGCGGAGAAAAUAUGCUGAGGCGCAAGAAUCUAAUGAAGAAUACCGUACAAAAUUAGAAGAAACAGAAAAGAAAAAUAAUCAACUCCAGGAAUCUGUGAACAGGUUAGAAGAGAAAUUGACAAAUAUGGAGUCGGAGAAUAAAGUUCUUCGUCAGCAAGCAGUUUCAAUGACACCCAAUAAGUUCCUCUCUGGUCGCUCUAGAUCAUUUAUCCAGAGAAGCAGUGAAAGCAGUCACAGUUUUGGAGAAACAAGAAUGCACGUGGAAUUGCAUAGCCCAUCGAUGAACCAAAGAGAUUUUCCUGAAGUUGAGGACAAACCACAAAAAUCACUAAACGAUCAACAGCAAGAGAAUCAGGAUCUGCUUGUUCGUUGUAUUGCACAAAACUUGGGAUUUUCGGGGAAUAAACCAAUUGCAGCCUGCAUCAUUUACAAGUGCCUUCUGCAGUGGAGAUCUUUUGAGGUUGAGAGGACCAGUGUGUUUGACCGAAUUAUCCAGACUAUUGGUCAUGCUGUUGAGAAAGCUCAGGAUAACAAUGAUAUACUGGCUUAUUGGUUGUCAAAUGCUUCAACUCUUCUACUGCUUCUUCAACGCACACUGAAAGCUAGUAGUGCUGCAGGAAUGGCUCCUCAACGUCGUCGAUCCUCAACUAGUCUUUUUGCAAGGAUGACAGUGUCCCAGAGUUUCCGUGGAACUCCUCAUGGAGUCAAUCUCUCGUUUGGAAACGGUGGGCUGUCUGGUGGAGUUGAUACUAUUCACCAAGUGGAAGCAAAGUACCCUGCCUUGCUUUUCAAGCAGCAGCUUACGGCUUAUGUUGAGAAAAUUUAUGGAUUGAUUAGAGAUAAUUUGAAGAAAGAGAUUUCUCCAUUGCUUGGGCUGUGUAUCCAGGCACCACGAACUUCAAGAGCAAGCUUAGUCAAAGGAUCAUCACGUUCAGUCGCCAAUAGUGCAGCACAGCAAGCUUUGAUAGCUCAUUGGCAGGGAAUUGUGAAGAGCCUUGGGAUUUUCCUCAAAACUUUAAAAGGGAAUCAUGUACCCCCAUUUUUGGUUCGUAAAGUUUUCACACAGAUAUUUUCAUUCAUCAAUGUUCAACUAUUUAACAGCUUGCUAUUAAGGCGGGAAUGUUGUUCCUUUAGCAAUGGUGAAUAUGUGAAAGCAGGGCUGGCUGAAUUGGAGCAUUGGUGCUACACUGCAACUGAUGAGUAUGCAGGUCAAUCUUGGGAUGAGCUAAAGCAUAUCAGGCAGGCCAUUGCAUUUCUGGUCAUGCAUCAAAAGCACAAAAAAUCUCUGCAUGAAAUUAGCCAUGACCUUUGCCCAGUGCUUAGCAUUCAGCAACUGUACCGGAUCAGUACAAUGUAUUGGGAUGACAAGUAUGGGACACAAAGUGUGUCCUCUGAUGUUAUAUCCAGCAUGAGAGCAUUGAUGACCGAAGAUUCAAAUCAUGCUGUCAACAACUCAUUUCUCCUGGAUGAUGAUUCGAGUAUACCAUUCUCUGUAGACGAUAUGUCGAAAUCAAUGUUACAAAUAGACAUAGCUGAUGUUGGACCUCCUCCUCCUCUCCGCGAAAACUCAGGCUUUAGCUUUUUGCUUCCAGGCACAGACUGAAACCAAUGUCCUAUAGGUGAUUAUUCUAAUUUCUGCAAUAUCUACCUCAAGGGAGAGAUAUUUUGUUACAUAUGGAUGCAAAAUACAUUUGUAGGCAUGCAUAUUGCAUGCUGCUUCUAUUUAUACUCGUUGGUUUCUAUGAAGAAAAUCA